UGAAAAUUUUUGCCAUCCCUGCUUUGUGGUGAGUGUAUUUUAAUAUAGACACGCUGACAAAAAUUUGUUUUUCUUCGGGAUUUCGCUGAGCCUUUGAGUCCUUUUCAACUAUAUAUUUUCGCGCUUGAAAUCAUUACAUUUGAGAGCCAUGGAGACACUCUUGGAGCAGCAGCGGCGCUUACACGAGGAACGCGAGCGCCUGGUCAAACUGAUGGUGGACGAGCAUGCAACCAAAAAGCCGGGUGAAAAGGAGCGCAUCCAUUCGGAGCACCGGCUUAAGUACCUCAUGGAACUUCACCACAAUGCCACGUCUCAGCUGCGCGAUCUUUACGAGGACAAGGACAAUGAGCGAAAGGCGGAGAUCGCCGCUCUUUCGGGGCCCAACGAGUUCAACGAGUUUUACGCCCGCCUCAAGCAAAUCAAGCAGUUCUAUAAGUCUCAUCCGGCGGAGGUCAGCGUACCGCUGUCCGUCGAGUUCGACGAGAUGAUUCGGGUGUACAACAAUCCGGACGACAUGAGUGCCCUGGUGGAGUUCACAGACGAGGAGGGCGGCGGUCGAUAUCUGGACCUCAACGAGUGCUACGAGCUGUACCUUAACUUGCGAGCCGUGGAGAAGCUGGACUAUAUUACUUACCUUAUGUCCUUUGACCACGUCUUCGAUAUUCCGCGAGAGCGCAAGAAUCGCGAAUACCGCUUGUACAUAGAGACCCUUAACGACUACCUGCACCACUUUAUACUGCGAAUUCAGCCACUUCUCGACUUGGAGGGGGAGCUGCUGAAGGUGGAGCUCGACUUCCAGCGCCAGUGGCUGAUGGGCACGUGUCCGGGUUUUUCAAUUAAGGAAACUGAGUCGGCGCUAGCCAACACCGGCGCCCACCUUGAUCUAUCCGCCUUCUCCAGCUGGGAGGAGCUGGCCUCCCUAGGAUUGGAUCGUCUGAAAUCAGCGUUGGUGGCUCUAGGCCUUAAGUGCGGCGGCACGCUGGAGGAACGAGCACAGCGUCUAUUUUCUACGAAAGGUAAAAGUACUUUGGAUCCCGCACUGAUGGCCAAGAAGCCCAGCGCAAAGAGUGCCAGUGCGCAGUCACGGGAGCAUGAACGUCAAAAAGAUAUUGCCCAGCUAGAGGCGCUGUUGUACAAAUACGCGGAGCUGUUGUCUGAGCAAAGAGCGGCUACCAAGGAGAAUGUGCAAAGAAAGCAGGCUCGGACCGGGGGCGAGCGAGAUGAUAGCGAUGUGGAGGCCAGCGAGUCGGACAACGAAGAUGAUCUCGACGCGGACGACGUUCCGUACAAUCCCAAAAACCUGCCUCUCGGAUGGGACGGUAAACCUAUCCCCUACUGGUUGUAUAAACUGCACGGCCUAAAUAUCAGCUAUAAUUGCGAAAUAUGCGGAAACUUCACCUACAAGGGGCCUAAGGCUUUCCAACGACACUUCGCCGAGUGGCGUCAUGCGCAUGGCAUGCGAUGCCUCGGCAUUCCAAACACCGCCCAUUUCGCCAAUGUCACCCAGAUCGAGGACGCAAUCACGUUGUGGGAGAAACUCAAGUCCCAAAAGCAAAGCGAGCGCUGGAUAGCCGAUCAGGAGGAAGAGUUUGAGGACUCGCUGGGAAACGUUGUCAACCGAAAGACGUUCGAGGAUCUGAAACGCCAGGGACUACUAUAGAGAACAUACUUAUAGUCGCUUAAGUACUGGUCAAUAUUAUUUGACGCUUCUAAAACUUCAACCAUCUUUAUAAUUCUAAACAGAAUGACACUAAUAUUGGUUUUAAGGAAUCUAAUGUUAAGCUAUAAAUCCAUUGGCCAUGCUUUUUAUUCAUUAAAAGACCACCAUGGAUCAUGCUACGAUUAA